UUCUCUCUAGUGGCACAGAUACCACACAUCCCCUCUCUCUCUCUUACUCACACACGAAUACACAAUCUUCCACACACGCUGCCUCUCGGUCUGUAUUGGAAGACAGCGCAGCACAUGCAGUAAUUCCCGCCACUUAAUUGAUUAACUGCUUAUUUGAAGUGGCUAAUUAGAUGGGGAGUGUGUCGAGUGUGUGAGGAGGGCUGGGGAGUCGCUAGCACGCUUUAUCUCCGUGCGCGCGUGUGUGAGUGUCUGUCUGAGGAGCUCCGGUACCUCACUUCACUCUGGAGCAGGAGGAGGAGAGAAGAAGAAAAGAGAGAGGCAGCUGGGUGGGGAGAUUUUCACAGCACUCUCCCUCAUCUGACAUGGCCUCCGCGUAGGAAUCUGGUGCCACUGCAACAGAGGAGCUAGGCAGCAGCGAGGUGUCUAAGGUGUGAGGAGAGAGAGAGUGCUGGAGAGAGGACAGGAGAGAGAGAACGAGAGAAUGAUGGCAGCGGAGGAGGAGAAGCCAGGUUUGAAGAGCAGCAGCUCCAUCGUUCCCUGCUUCUUGUUUGUUGAGCUGGUGAUCAUGGCAGGGACGGUUCUCCUGGCGUACUACUUUGAGUACACAGACACGUUCCCCGUGCACAUCCAGGGCUUCUUCUGCUACGACAAGACGUUCUCCAAGCCCUACCCCGGCCCGGAUGAAACCAGCAAGAUACCCCCACUGCUGGUCUACUCACUGGUUACAGGCAUCCCCUGCUUCACGAUCCUGGUAGGGGAGCUGGUGGCGUUCUUUCUGAAGGCUGAGGGGACGCAAGAGAAGACCAUAGUGACAGCAGACUGCUGCUACUUCAACCCCCUGCUGCGACGCAUCGUCCGCUUCCUAGGGGUGUUCUCCUUCGGCCUGUUCACCACCACCAUCUUUGCCAACGCGGGUCAGGCGGUUACAGGAAACCAGACGCCUCACUUCCUGUCUGCCUGCCGGCCUAACUACACGGCCCUGGGGUGCACAUCCAACAUGCAGUACAUCACCCAGCCCCGUGCCUGCACUGGAAACCCCCUGGUAGUGGCAUCCGCACGCAAAUCCUUCCCCUCCAAGGACGCAGCCCUCAGUGUCUACUCUGCAGUCUACACUGUGAUGUAUGUGACGCUGGUAUUCCAGACCAAAGGCACUCGGCUGACCAAGCCUACGGUGAGCCUGACCCUGCUAUGCCUGGCCAUGCUGGUGGGAGUGGUCAAGGUGGCAGAGUACCGCAACCACUGGGCCGACGUCCUGGCCGGCUUCUUCACUGGAGGAGCCAUCGCUGUGUUUCUGGUGACGUGUGUGAUCAACAACUUCCAGCAGACGAGGCCCCCUCCCCCUCCCCCGCGGCCACAGCGCCCUGAGUCGGUGCUAGGCAUGCCCAUGGUGGCUCUGCCAUGUGUGGAGAGUCCUCUCGAAAAGUUAAGUGGAACUCAGCAUCCUGCACUCUCCUCCUCCUGCCCUCCCUACCAUCCCUAUGUUCACCAGCCAUUCUGACCAACUUUUGAUCUGUUUCUCUUGCUCCUCACUCGUUUUUCUUUUUUUCAUCACUCUUUCCGCCCCAUCUUUCUCUCUCUGUCUCUUCUUCCUCCCUCUCUUCUCUCCUGUCCCUCCCUUUCUCUUUUUCACUCCUCUCUCUCCCCUGCAGACUCAGAGGGGGUCUCCUUUCACAGAGAUCACAUGACCAUCAGCCGUAUCGGUUCCCCGCCACCCCAGAUGUCCUCAUUCCGUCUCGCUCCAUUUCCAGCGAAGUCUAGACCAGCCACACGAACAUGAACACUCACACGAACACCACUGCGCCGCCCACCCGGCAGGCCGCUACUCCACCCUCUACAGAUCCUACUCCACGCAGGUCUAAACUUUCAAAACACACGCACACAAACACAACACACACAGCAUACUCAGACCUCUACAAACUUCCCCCUAACCUUGUCCAAGCCCAAACCCCUGGGGGAACUGAGAGCUCUCAAAGUGAGAUUCACAAAGACUUAACAGCUGUCUAGCUGAACAUUCAGUACAGUGUCAGGUACAGGUAUGCCUCUUUCAUUUUGUUGUUUUCAGAGGCUUCUUUUUUGUUUUGCAGACUUUUUUUGAAUGUGCUUCAUUGUGUGAAGUACACAUUUCACUGAUAUCACAAGGUGAUGUUUCAUCUUCUACGUGCUUGUAAGGAGAAACUGUCAAUCCAUUUGACAACUGUGUUCCUUUGUGUUUUCAACUGUCUGCAAUGCAGCCAGUCAUCCUGAAACGCUUCAGUUAUUUGUGUCUCUGUACACUUUUAAGAUGAACCCAAACAACUGCUGAAUGAGCGCUCUCUGCUGGCUUUAGAGAUCAUUUUCAGUAUCCUAGAAUGCGCCAGUCAUCAAAUAUCUGCACGAGCCAACAAACUCAAGUGAACAAAUGUUUACGGACCAAUCACUUUCUGUAGCAACUGUGGUACUUAAUUACUGUACCUUCCAAAUACAGCAUAGAGACAACACACACAGAUCAGGAUCCUGGUAGGUCUACACGCACCGCAUUAGCUCUCUGGCAGACCUCUCUUCAGCUCUGCAUGACAUUACCCAGAUCAAAGGAUUCUGUUCAUAUCACUGAGGAGAAGACAAUACAAGAACAAACAGGAUGAAACUGCAGACGGUUUAUUUUUCUCCGCUUUCGAUUGGUUGCUUCUGCAGCAAGUUAGCAUGAAAUAUAUAUAUAUACAGAUUUGGUAAGACUGGAUGAGACACAUUUUGAAAUACAUCACAAGUAACAGGACAUGAGCUUUGUACAGUACCAAACAUUUUCUUUUACACUCAAUGUAUCUGGACAGGGAACCUUGGUUACCAAAGCUUUGUCAUUGUGAUGUCACUAAAAUACUUGUUUACUUACACAUCCCUUUUGCCUGGAAUGGAACGGAUCACAUCGGCAUGGAACGGAUCACAUCGGAAUGGAACGGAUCACAUCGGAAUGGAACGGAUCACAUCGGAAUGGAACGGAUCACAUCGGAAUGGAACGGAUCACAUCGGAA